AAAAGAAAAAGGAAAAAGCAAAAAAGAAAAUGGGGGGAAUCUUUUUGGCUUUAAUAAUGGACUUUGGAAACUCAUUUUCCUAAACGGACUAACGAGGCCUCCGCAUAGUCGAUCCCCCGAAUUUCACAAUAUGAAUAGGUCACGACGCCCCCUGCGCACGUUAGUAAUGACCCCUUUGCUUCUCGCCCCUUCUUCUCCUUCCGCUCUCUCUAUUAUAUCUAUCUCUCCCCCGCUCAACCCUCCUUUUUUCCGUCCGUCAUUCCAUUCCAUUUACAGAUCUUACCCCUUUUCUUUCCCUCCCCUUGUUUUCCCUUUCUUUUUGCUCUAUUUUGCUUAGGCUUCCAUCCGAUUCCGAUUCCAGGCUCUAGAUCUGUUUUCAGCAAAGAUGGAACAUUCGAUGGAAGACUAUGAAGGGUACGAAGACUAUGAUGAAUAUGAAGAUGAUGAUCAAAUGGAAGAAGAAGAGGAGGAGGAGGAAUAUGAAGAGGUGGAGGUACCUAAACCUACCAAGGAAGAAAAAGAAUAUCUUGAAUUAAGGCAAAGGCUGAAAGAAAAAAUUAGAAGGCAGUCGAAAAAAGAUGGCAGCUCUCACUUAAAGUCCAAUGAUAGGAAGAAGCUUCCUUAUGACAAUUUUGGGUCAUUCUUUGGACCUUCUCAACCUGUCAUUUCUCAAAGAGUAAUUCAAGAAAGCAAGUCCUUAUUAGAAAACCAGCACCUGGCAUCUAGGGUUUCUGACCACGAUCAUGGCAAUAAGAAGAGCCAAGGUUCAAACAGUGUAGCUUCCAAACCUAAGGUUCUACCGAAGGUCGUAAGUGAGAAGCAAACUAAAGUUCAAAAACUGAAGGACACCAGAGACUACUCCUUUCUAUUUUCUGAGGAUGCAAAUGUUCCUGCUCCUACAAAAGAGUCCUCAAGAAGUGUUUAUGCUCCAAGUACUGAGGCACGCUCAGCUCACGUUCCCAUGAAAAGUAAGCAACCUCUGAGUAAUCCUCGCCAAAAUAUUCAUGUCGAUCAUAAAGAGAAGAAAUCUGUUCCUAUGAAUGGGCUAAUGCAGACCAAAAACAAGUCAGCAUCUUCUGGCAAUCCCAAUUUGUCCAUGAUGAAGGCUAAGAAACAAUUGGCUAAUAGCAGCAGCGGGAAUGGUCCUCGUCGGCCAAUGGGAAAUAACAAUGGGAGUGGUCCUGGCCGGCCAAUGGGUAAUAGCAACAGCGGAAAUCGUUCUGGCCGGCCUUUAGGUAAUAGCAACAACGGGAAUGGUCCUGGUCGGCCACUGGGUAAUAGCAACAACGGGAAUGGUCCUGGCCGGCCACUUGGUAAUAGCAACAACGGGAAUGGUCCUGGCCGGCCGUUGGGUAAUAGCAACAACGGGAAUGGUCCUGGCCGGCCAAUGGUGGCACCAAAAGCCUCAUCUGCUGUCCUGCAGAAGAAGCCUUCUCUCCCAGGUACAAGGAAUUCCGUACCUGCAGGUGUUCACAAGCCAUUACCGUCAAGAAAGCUAGAAGAUAAGAGGAAUGACAUGCGUCCACCUGCCAAGGCCAAAGUAGCACCAAGUCGGCCGGUGUCAUCAUCAAGACCUCAGAUGACUAAGGCACCAGCACAAAGACAGGUUUCAUCUCGUCCUGCUGUGAAUGAUCAGCGGCUCAAGAAAAGACCUGCAAGACGAUACUCUGAUGAAGAAGAUGAUGCUGAGGGUGAAGAAGCUAUUAGUCUAAUCAGAAAAAUGUUCGGAUAUAAUCCUGGAAAAUUUUCCCGAGAUGAUGAUGAUAGUGAUAUGGAGGCCAAUUUCGACGAUAUUAUGAUGGAGGAGCAGAGAAGUGCAAGAAUAGCAAGGAAGGAGGACGAAGAGCAACUUCGUCUAAUCCAGGAAGAAGAAGAACGGGAGAGGCGAGCGAGAUUAAAGAGGCUUAAAAGAUCAAGGGGGCAGUAAUUAGUGAUAUUCUUUUGGGAAAGUUUAUAUGGGUUAGAUUUAAUAUUUGUUAAUUUGAUGAAAUCAUCAAAGAAGUCCCCCCUUCUCCCCCAAAUUACAGUUUGUUGUAUUUUCAUUUUCAUUAGUACAAAAAGCUGCUCUGCUUAAAUUAUGAUGGGGAUUUCCUUUUUGUAGAUUGCAAAAAAUCAAAUUUCAACUUCGCCAACAAACAUUGAAGUCUUUCCCUGUAUUUAGCCCCAAGGCUCCUAUGGCGACCCAAUUCUCUCACAUACCUCCUCGAUAAUUCUAGUGACUACCCAUGAUUAA